AAUGACAUGUCAAAUGUCACAAUAAAUUUGUACGAACAAAUGUAAAUAGCUUUAAAACUUCUAAAUUAAAUUAUUUAUUAAAAUGUGGGGUGAUACUUUACUGAUAGUGUUCAUUUCCAUUUGCACAGCUCUAUUGGGAGAAGGUCUGACAUGGCUCAUGGUAUACAGAACAGAAAAAUACCAAAAACUGAAAACUGAAGUAGAAAAACAAAGUAAACGAUUGGAACGAAGGAAGGAAGCUCACGGCGACUCUUUAGAUAAGCAACAUAAGAAAAAAAUUGAACGUGAUGAAGAAAGGCUAAAAAAUAAUAACCGUGACUUAUCUCUUGUGAAAAUGAAAUCAAUGUUUGCAAUUGGAUUUGCAUUCACAGCGCUGUUAAGCAUGUUCAAUAGCAUAUUUGAUGGGAGAGUUGUGGCCCAUUUGCCAUUUGUUCCUAUAUCAUGGAUUCAAGGGCUCAGUCAUAGAAAUUUACCUGGUGAUGAUUAUACCGAGUGCUCUUUCAUAUUCCUCUAUAUUCUUUGCACAAUGUCUAUAAGACAGAAUAUUCAAAAAAUGUUAGGAUUUGCUCCUUCCAGAGCUGCAAGUAAACAAAGUGGAGGCUUGUUCGGUACUACUCCCGGCCAAUUUAAAUAAACUAGACAAUACUAAUUGUUA